AUGCUGGCGGACGCCGAGGAGAAGAAACAGCAGAAGGCUGCUGGUGGCGCGGGCGCCACUAUUAUCCUUGAGAAGAAGAAACAGCGAGGAAAAGCCGCCGGCACGAGUGCAACGAAGCACCCGAAGCUUCUGGAUUCUAUUUUGGGCCCGGAUCUGCUCCAGUCCAAGGGCGACUCCGAGGAUGAUAUGGGGAAAGAAGAGCAUCGCGAAGCGUCUCCCCCUCGUCAAAUUCCAGUCGCUGCGGCUCCGAUCGCCACAAAGCGCGCUCCCGCGCUAGAGUAUAGUGCGAUGGCCGCGGAGAGCGACGAGGACGAGGACGAGGGACGCACCGCCUCACCCGACCAGGUCGAGUCUCGACCCUUCACCCAGACGAGUGCGGCCCCUGCUCCGGCCAUUCAGGAGGAGACCGAGUCAUUCUCGGCGUCGAGCGAUGGCAGCGACAAUGUAGGCGAAGACAAGGCCAAAGGCGCCGACCUGGCAAAGAUGACCGGCGAGGCCUCCAGCGCAAACUCUGACUCUUCGGGGGAGAGGAACGGCUACCACGUCGGCAAGGCUGAUCCCGCUGAGGUGGCCGAAGCCCUGGGCGCCUCGUGA